AAAAAGGAAUACGGCGUCCGUUCUACGCAUCAGUCGUUUCGCCUACUCGACCAAGAAGAAGAAAAUACUAGCGCGAGAUGAAGUGCUUACCCGCGAUUGUCCUAGCUAUCAUCUUGGUCGCGGCCGAAGGCAAGAUUGUACCAGCCAGCGACGUCGAGAAUCAGCAGACUAGCACGCAACCUGUUUCAUUGUCCGACUACAUCAAGGAGGCUCAAAAUCGUAUCAAUGACUUCGGUAUUCAGCUUCAACAACAAUUCAAUUUGCCUAAUCAAGAAGACAUCGUCAACACCCUCAGGGAGCAUAGUGCCAACUUUACCAGCAGUGUCCAGGAGUACAUCAAGACCGUAACCGAUGAAGUCAAGGCCAAGAAUCCCGAAUUGGAAAACUUAUGGACAAAUAUGACAACAAAACUGUCCGAGAUGAUCGAUAAUUUAAAUACCAACUCUGAAACAAAAGAACAGAUAAGUCAAUUGCGUGCCAAGUUUCAAGAAGGUGUUCAAACUCUCGUAACGGAGUCUGAGAACGCUGCUAAAACCAUCAGUGAAAAUUCUAACAAGGUGCAGGAGGGUAUCGCUAAGCUUACCAAGCAAGCGAUCGACAUCGCCGUGCAGGCCUCGCAAAAUUUGAACAACCAGUUGCAGCAGGCCACGACGCCACAACCAUAAAAUUAGGGAGGGAUCAUCUUCAUAUGAUUCGCAUGCAAAACAAAUCGUCAACAAAUCUCUCUACACAAAUUUGUACGAAGAAAUCGAAUUUUGCGUCAGCCAGGAUAAUAUCUCAUACUAUAUCAUAAGUAAAUUUAAUGAUGAUUAAUGACGGAUGAUGAGUAAUAAAAGUACUUGAUUGUUUGUGUCCCCUAC